AUGUGCGAACUCUGGUAUCGAUCCCCAGCCGCCACCUGGGAUGAGGCUCUUCCUGUAGGGAACGGCCGGUUGGGUGCUAUGGUCCAUGGACGCACCACUACCGAGUUGCUCCAGCUGAAUGAGGAUUCGGUGUGGUAUGGGGGCCCCGGGGACCGCACACCGGUCGGUGCAUCUCGGUACCUUCAGCAACUGCGACAAUACAUCCGCAAAGGCGCCCAUGCCGAGGCGGAGGAGCUGGUUCGGCGAGUGUUCUUUGCCCACCCCAUCAGCCAGCGGCAUUACGAGCCACUGGGCACGCUGUUUUUAGAUUUUGGCCACCUCGAGAGUGAGGUCACCGAGUACAGGCGGUCAUUGGAUCUACAGCGAGGCAUUACCCGUGUACAGUAUAUGCACACCGGCGUGCAUUUCGAACGCGAGGUGCUGGCGAGUCAUCCAGAUGCCGUGAUUGCCAUCCGCGUGCGAGCGUCGGAGCCGGUGGAGUUCGUUGUUCGGUUGACGCGCAUGAGCGACCUUGAGUACGAGACAAAUGAGUACCUGGAUGAUGUCGCCGUUGACGAUAAUUGUGUCACUAUGCAUGUCACUCCAGGGGGACGCAACAGUAACCGCGCCUGCUGCAAAGUUGCAAUUCGCUGUGAUGACCCAGAUGGUGCCACCAUUGCUAGGGUCGGGGGUAGGAAGCUUAUGGUUCGAGCGCGAGAAACGCUACUACUCGUUGCCGCACAGACUACCUAUCGAUAUCAAGAUAUUGAUGGGCGAGCUGCGUUGGAUGUGGCUGACGCCCUGCGGUGGUCCACUGAAGAGAUCUGGUCCCGUCACAUUGAAGACUACCAACAACUGUACGCCCGCAUGACUCUGGCAAUGAGCCCAGACGCCUCUCAUAUACCAACGGAUGAGCGGAUCAAGCAUUCUCGCGACCCCGGGCUUGUCUCACUGUACCACAACUUCGGCCGCUACCUCCUGAUUGCUAGCAGUCGAGAGGGCAACGGCAACAAAGUCCUCCCGGCUAACUUACAGGGCAUCUGGAACCCGUCAUUCCAUCCGGCAUGGGGCUCAAAAUACACGUUGAACAUCAACCUCCAAAUGAACUAUUGGCCCGCGAACGUCUGCAAUCUCGCCGAAUGCGAGAUGCCCUUGUUCGAUCUACUUGAGCGGAUCGCCUCCGCGGGCCAGAAAACCGCUCACGAGGUGUACGGCUGCCGUGGCUGGGCUGUACACCACUGUACAGAUAUCUGGGCCGACACGGCGCCCGUCGAUCAAUGGAUGCCAGCAACCCUCUGGCCACUGGGAGGCGCCUGGCUCUGUUUCCAUGUUUGGGAGCGUUUUCUCUUCAGCAAGGAUGAGAUGUUUUUGCGCCGUAUGUUCCCGGUCCUUCGUGGAUGUGUCGAGUUCUUGCUUGAUUUUCUGGUCGAAGAUGCCACCGGUCAGUACCUGGUCACGAGCCCUUCGCUCUCGCCAGAGAAUUUGUUCUAUGAUGCGGAAGGCCGCCAGGGAGUACUCUGCGAGGGUUCAACCAUUGACAUGCAGUUGGUGGAUGCGGUCUUCCACGCCUUUAUUCAAUCAGUCAACAUUCUCAAUCUUAACGAUGACCUCGUGUCACGAGUGAAUCAUGCCAGCGAGCGUCUACCUCCAGCACGCAUUGGUUCAUUCGGCCAACUCCAGGAAUGGACCGCCGAUUAUGCCGAGGUCGAGCCCGGGCAUCGCCAUGUCUCGCACCUCUGGGCCCUGUAUCCAGGACACACCAUCCUUCCGGGCCGCACCAAAGAUUUAGCAGCCGCGUGCGCAGCCACACUUGCCCGCCGGCAGGCUCACGGUGGUGGUCAUACUGGGUGGAGUCGCGCAUGGCUGAUCAAUCUGCAUGCGCGGUUGCGAGCGGCCGAUGAAUGCGGCCGACAUGUUGAGCAGCUCCUAGCGCAGUCUACUCUGCCCAAUCUCCUGGAUACACACCCACCAUUCCAGAUUGAUGGGAAUUUCGGGGCUACGGCAGGCAUUGUGGAGAUGCUGGUGCAGUCGCACGAGGAGGGUAUCAUUCGGCUCCUCCCCGCGUGCCCGGACAGCUGGAAAGCUGGGUCGAUCCGCGGGGUAAAGGCGCGAGGUGGAUUUGAGCUGGACUUCCGAUGGGAAGAUGGAUUCAUCGUCGGCGAAGUGCUUAUUCGUUCGUUAUUGGGGUUGAACGCAGUGGUCUACUUCCCUCAUGAUGGGCCGCAGGUACAGAUCCAAGGGGAGGGCAUACACAACAUACACGCCCCCUAA